AUAAAUGUAAGAAUUGCGCAAUAAACAAUGUACCGAUAUUCUGACACUGGUCAAUGUUCUUUGACAGCAAUCAAACAAUACUGAACUACAUCUGUUUGUUCACGAGUUUUAAACUCUAUAUACACACUACUCCAACUACUAAAUUACAUAAAAGAAAAUUUUGAUUUACUUUAAAUAUUCACAACUUUUACCAUUAAUCAAACUAAGGUGUGUAAUUAAGAACCUGAUUAAAUCAGAAAUAUCACGAAUGAUUAAGACGAUCUCCUUUAAAUUAUCUGUGUAGGAUAUAUAUCUUAACCUUUGUGUUACGAAACGCAAGCAGUUAGAAUACUGAGUGUGAGAAAGGGUCUAGAUGAUAAAAAAUUUCUCUUAUAAAAUGGACGAUACAGUAAGUAUUAUGCCUUUGCUCUUAUAUCUGCUUCAUUGUUCUGAUGAUCCAGUAAAUGAACAUUAAACAUGUAUUUCUUUCAAUUGAUUUAGAAUUCCAUAGCCUCGCAGUCGAGCAUAGAAAUGAAGACUGGAAAAGGAAAAUGUAACAAAUGUGUAGCACGGUAUGAAGAAAAAAUAGAAAAUGCUUUUGCAAGACUGGGUUCAUUUCUAUCCAAACAUCCUAAGAAGAUUAUGGCAUGCUGCGUGCUUGUAAAUAUGUUACUUGCUAUUGGAUUUAUAAACAUUGAGUUUCAGAAUGACAUUGAGAUACUUUAUAUUCCCCAAAACAGCAAAUCUUUGGUGGACAGGAAUAAAAUCGAAAGUCUUUAUAGCGAUCCGACAGGAAAUAAUUUUGCACCGUAUCAAUUGACGAGAAUCGGUUCUUUCGGUGAUAUUCUGAUAAUAUCAAAGGACUCUUUAAACAUCAUGGAGCAAGAAUAUAUUGAGGAAAUAAACUCAAUAGACAGCUAUAUCAGAAAUAAAAUAGUUGUCCAUGCUUCUGGCGAAUCUUUUAGAUAUCAGGAUAUAUGUGCGGUCACUUCCAUAGGAUGCGGCGUGGUCGGGGACAUUUUACUGUCUCCUGAAUUUCAAACAGACGUUGUUGCCGGUAAUGUUACAUACCCUUACUACGACGAAGUGUCUUUGACUUCAUUACUCGCAAAUCCUAUUUCACAAAAUGGAUUCUUGAAGCAUUCAACAGGUGUAAGGCUUCGCUAUUAUUUGAGACAAAAUACUACAGCAGCCCAAGAAAUUUCUAAACGAUGGGAAAAAGCAUUUGUAGAAAGCCUGAAAAUUUUGAAUACAAAUCUGACCUCGAUUGCCUUUUCCCAUUCUGAUUCUCUGAACAGCGAACUGGACAAAAUUACGGAGAGUGCGAGCAUAUUUUUUGCAAUCACCAUGGUAUUGAUGGUAGUGUAUGCCUCUUUUUCCACGGCACCCUUCAACUGCAACAAUGUAGCUAACCGUAUGAAUCUAGGUUUUGCGGGCAUCUUGGCAGCAAUAUUAGCCAUAGCGUCUUCGUUUGGACUGGUUAUGGCCUGUGGUGUGAAAUUUACAACAGUCGUAGGUGUGGUCCCUUUCUUGGUUACAGGCAUAGGCAUUGAUGAUAUGUUUAUUCUCCUGUCCGGAAUGGCAGAUGCCCCUCCACUUUCAAAGGCGACAAUAGAGGAACGGAUGGCUUUCAUGCUGAAGAAAAGCGGAAUAGCAAUAACUAUUACGUCAUUGACGGAUCUAUUGGCAUUCAUCAUUGGGGCUACUUCCGUGUUCGUCAGCAUUAAAAUAUUUUGUAUAUACACAGCCGUAGCACUUUUGCAUUGCUACUUGAAUCAACUUUUCUUCCUUUGUCCUGCAAUUGCCAUCAACGAAAAACGAACAGACCAGAAAAGACACUUUUGCUGCUGUACCCUAAAAGUGAAGUCUGUCGACAAUUACCAGGAGGAGUCGAAGUCCAGGUGUUUUAUCCAUUGUUUUGCUGGCCAUCGUCCUAAAAGCAGACGCGACGUUGAAAGUCCUAUGGAGAAAUACCCUAAGCGUUUGAUGUAUUUCAUACUGCGACGCAAUGUAGGCAAAGCAGGCGUUAUUGUAAUAUUUUUGGCCUACAUUACAAGUUCUAUAUAUGGAACUAUCCAUUUGGGUCGGGGUCUUGAAAUUCAUAAUCUGGUUUCGAAAGAAUCAUAUUAUUACAAGUAUGGCGUUUGGGAUGAAACAUAUUUCACAUCGGAACCGACAUUAGCUGUAUGUAUAGAAAAUCAGAUGCAGUACCACUCACUCGCUACACAGAGUCAUAUAAGUUCAUUAAUGCUUCUUAUCAAGCAGGACGAAAACAUUGACGACGAUUUCGAAAUUAACUGGCUAUCUUCGUACAAAAUGUCCAGCUUUUAUAACAACGAAACAGAACAUGCCUUUAUUGAUGGUCUGAAAUUCUUCCUACGUUCGACAGAAGGAGAAUAUUUUUCAAAUGAUAUUGUUUUCCAAGAAACAAGUGAUUUCAUUUUAUCAUCGACAUUUUACCUAAAAACAACCCGCCUGAAGACAUCGCAAGAACAGGGAGAUUUCAUGCUACGAAUCAGACAAAUAAAAAAGCAGUCAGCAAUCCCCUGUAUUUUAUACAGUCCUAUCUUCGUGUUUGGUGAACAAUAUAUUCAGAUUUUGUCAACUACAUUGCAAACAGUUGGAAUUGCUCUGGCAGCAAUUUUAUUUGUGAAAUUCCUUUUCAUGCCCAAUAUUUUGAUAGUUGUGGUGGUAGCACUAACUCUUCUCAGCAUUCUUGUCGGCCUCUUCGGUUUUAUGCACUUCUGGGACCUCUCAUUGAAUUCUGUGACGAUGAUCCAUUUGGUAAUGAGUGUUGGGUUUUCAGUAGACUUCAGUGUCCAUAUAUGUCAUGCUUUUAUGUCAGUCAAAGAGAACAACAGAGAGUAUGUGCUUAAAAAAUCUAUUGAUGUGACUGGGGGACCGAUAUUCAAUGCUGCGUUUUCCUCCAUGAUUGGAAUCGCAAUAUUAGCCAUAUCUGAUAAUUACGUUCUUUUAUGUUUCGGAAAAGUUAUGUUUCUUGUUUUGUCGUUGGGGUUGCUGCACGCUUGUUUGUUUUUGCCACUACUUCUCUACUUUCUGAUGCCUUGUUUUCCGAAAUAUGAAACAUCUAUUGAACCUGAAAAGGUAAAAGCGGAGUUGCAUUAUUUAGAAACAUUUACAAUUUACGAUCCUAAACUAUUUAAAGAUGAGUCCUGUAGUAGUACAUUAGAAUGAUUUGAGUCUGAUAUUAAAUGCACAUCGUUAUCACGUGACAAAGGAACCAUAAGUGAUGCUAUUAGUUCUAAUAUUGAAAAGAAUGAGACUCGAUAACAAUUUUAAAACUAAUGGGUUUUUUUAAACAAAAAACAAUAUGAAUACUUUUCAAAGAGGUUAUUUCGUCAGUGGGAAGGACAACUUUUCAUAGUCAACUCUUAAUGGUUCGCUCAAUCAUCACAGAUGACCUUUCACCUCAAGAUAAUUUGGUAAUAAUUCGUAUAUCACAGUGAAACAACCUAUCUUUAGUAAUAUUUUAAACUGAAAUAGAUUAACAAGGUGAAAAUUUAGAAUAAGAAACCUGGUUAUGUAAAAUAUAUCCUUAGAGGUGUAGGACAAUAUUCAUUUUGAAUAUACACCCAUGCACAAGCGAUCGGAAAAUAUUUCCCAAAACCGGCCUAAUAAGUGGGUCACUUUUAGAAUAUAUAAUGCUGUUCAUAGCUGGGUUUUUUUUUCUUUUAAAGAAUUAGCUCAAAUGUCGAAUAGACGGACAAAACAGCAAUGUACAUGUUUAGGGUUCAUUUUUUCUCUCUAAAUUUCUUAAGAUUCCUAUUUGGAUAGCUGAAGUAAAAUGUGUAUUUUCACAUCAGACACAAUACAUGUAUUUAAAUACCGGUAUGUGUACCUAAUUAAUGGGAAGAAAUGUCUGAUGUGAUUUUCAUCUGCACCCACUUUCGUAGUGUAGCUGUGACUUAUUACACAGACUGCAUACAUUAUUUUGAAAUGAUACACUAUUAAAGUUAUCAUCUUUAAUCAUGUGCGAGGUUUGGCUGGUCUAGUUUCGCAAACAAAAGGAAUGUGGUGAAGCGCAACUAUACUGCUUUCGUACUAACAGCUGAUGUAUUGGUUUGAGGUAAUAUAUGCUCAAACAUGGACCAAAAAUAUGGAUUGACGUAUGUGAAUUCGACAUUAUCUGAAACUAUUCAUACCACAGGAAACCCCUUUGGAACACAAUGUGACGAUAACAUAAACACGGCAAUGCAUUAUGUGGCGAUAAUCUGGUUUGAUUGUAGUUGACGAUACCUCGUUGCAUGGAAAAAGACUACACCAAAUAACAUACAUGACAUGUUUUAUAGCAAUUCAGGCUGUUCUUUACACACAUAUUUUGACUACGGAUUACUCCAUUUACCCGAUCAAGAUGUAGGGCUCAUGACAGAUGUGACCGGUCGACAUGGAAUGCUUACUCAUCCUAAGCAUCUGAUCCCACCUCUGAUAAGUCAUGGGGUUUGUCCUACUCUCAAACUUGUAUUCUUUACAGGAGUUAUGAGAUUGAUUACUGUUUUUUUUAUCUUCACCUUUUAAUGUACCGAGUGGAACAGUUAACAGUGUACCCGAACAAAGAUCAAUGGUACUUUCAUAAUGCAGUCGAUGACAUGUUGCUUUGAUUUUUCAGUUGAUAUAGUUGAUUUUGUGAUGAGCAGGAGAAGGUUAAUGAAUUGUAACUUGACAAUGGGAUUGCAUAUAUUACGUGUAUCUAAAUGAAAAUGUUAAGUAAACAUAUGUUUUAAUCUGUGUUUCAAAUUCCUUUUAAAUUAUCGAAGUUGUUUAUAUACGUCGAUGGAGAUUAGUGUCUAUUUUAGUGUUAUCUUGAUAAACGUUGACGUAUUCUGAUUCUGAUUUCAAGAACAGUGCAGUGAUCUUCUUGUUUCAUAUACAAUACAGGGAGAAUGCUUAUUUCUAUUGCACGGCCACAUGUAUAUUAAACGAAUUUAAUCUAUAA